UUCUGAAGUAGAACUAAACGAUACUAGGUUUUGGACUCAGAAGUCGCAGGGCAAUGGCACAUCUAUAUUCACAUCUUCACUCCCCCAUGAUGCCUUCAAAUAUUGUCUCAAACAACACUUCCUCAAAGCUUUUCCCUCGUGUUUCAGCUUCCAUUAGACCUAAUUUCAAGAAAUGGUUUGGUAGUUUCACGCUCAAAUCACUGAAUUGGGCUCUGGCUGGAACUCUCGCUCUAGAAUUAUCUCUCUCUGGACCUGGACUUGCUGAUGCAAAAGUAGGUGUGAACAAGCCUGAAUUGCUCCCUGAAGAAUUCAGUCCUCUUAUUGAUGUGGCUGGGUUCCUCUCUACUGGUCAGGAAUACAGAAUUAUCCAAGAGAUUGUAAAUCUUGAGAAGGAUACUGGAUUCAAACUAAGAGUUUUGGCACAAAAUUACCCAGACACCCCUGGUUUAGCAGUGAAAGAUUAUUGGCAAGUGGAUGAUAAAACCAUUGUCUUUGUUGCAGAUCCUGCCUUUGGUAACAUCCUCAAUUUCAAUGUGGGGGCUUUGGUCGAUUUGGAUGUACCUCGUAGCUUCUGGAGUCGAUUGGCUGGAAAAUAUGGAAAUAUGUUUUAUUGGAAGGAGAAGGGGGAGGAUGCAUCUGUUGAAGCUGCUGUGUUGGCCAUAUCGAGGUGUUUGAGAGAACCUGUAGGCCAAAAUAACUGUUCAGAAAUUGAGUGAAUGGAUGCUUCACUCGGUCAAUUAUCAGAACAGCUUCUAGUUUUCUUUUAUUGUGGUAAUCAAGGUGCCUCACUCGGUCAAUUAUCAGAACAGCUUCUAGUUUUCUUUUAUUGCGGUAAUCAAGGUUUAACAAACCAAAACUAUAGAACCUCUACUGAGCCAAAAGCAAUUGUAUCAGGAAUUUUUGAUAUUUCUGGGUAGCAUUCAUGGGAGAAGCAUAUCAUGGUUAUCUUUUAUAUUCCUAAAUAUUGUACCAAUUCUAAGAAGAAUCGAACACACAACUUGCUAAGUUUUUGAAUUAACAUGUAGAAGUGCAACUCUGGCAGGAGAUCGCAGUAAAUUUUCAUAUUUAUAAGAUGGUGGUUCUAGUUUA